UUAAUCAAGUUUUCGUUGUUCUGUAGCAAAUUGUUCUGCGCUAUAAAAUUAAUUGAAAUAACUGAAUUCCUUAGAUAUUGGACCAAUGUUUUCCUUUGUCUUGCCACUAGAUAUUAUUAAAAUUGACCCUUCACUAGCCUGAAGAAAAUCAAAAGCCCUUUCUAUCUGCAACAAUCACACCUCAUUGUCGUUGCUUUGUUUCUGAAAGUCCUUCAUAUACCAAUCGACAUGUGAAUCGCCUGCACCAAAACCUUUGUAAAUAGCAUGAAAGGGAAGAGUGAUUAAUCGACUGAUCUAAGAGUAUUUCUUCGAAUACAUAUGCCUGGAAAAUAUCUCAUUAUUGGCAAACUAAUGGAAAAAGAGCUACCAGCGCUGGACAUCAGUACUUUAUCAGUCACUACUGCCUCUGCUGCCUCUGGUGGAAAAGAAAGGCGCAAAAGAGAACUUAGAAGGCAUAGCAUCAUCACAAUGGAAACAGUCAAAGCAUACUUCAAGUAUUUCUGUAACUGCCCAAGAUCCAUUUGUUUACGCAUCGUCUCUAAGGUGAGUUACACAAGAAACACCACAAGAAACACCAAAAGAAACACCAAAAGAAAAGUGCAAAAAAAAGUCGUUCAAAGCUGGUUCAAAAACUACAAAAAUAUCAGCCUGAUCACAGCAAAUUGGAUAGGGGGUUGUUUAUUAAGUAUAUGUUAUGUGGCUAUAUAAGUAUAUCAAGAAACAAACAAAUAAUUAAAUCGCUAUAUG